AUGCAAAGCUUAAUGAAUAAAGAUUUUAGCCAACAGACAAUCAAAGAACAGCCUGGAAAUUGGCAGAUUGCUACUUUGGCUUUACUCUUGGGCGGAGCCGCCAUAAUUCUCAUUGCAUUCCUGGUGGGUUUGAUUUCUAUCUGCGUGGGAUCUCGAAGGCGCUUCUACAGACCUGUUGCUGUCAUGCUUUUUGCAGCAGUUGUUUUACAGGUUUGCAGUCUGGUCCUUUAUCCAAUCAAGUUCAUUGAAACUGUGAGCUUGAAAAUUUACCAUGAGUUCAAUUGGGGUUAUGGCCUGGCCUGGGGUGCAACUAUAUUUUCAUUUGGGGGUGCCAUCCUUUAUUGCCUGAACCCUAAGAACUAUGAAGACUACUACUAGAACCAGUAGUGUCAAAUCGAGAAAGAAACAACCAUCCAACAAAAGGAUUACGUCUGCAUCUUUUUUCUAACUCACUGUUUUCUAAAACACUUGUGGAGCAUAAAGCAGUUUGCUCAGUUGAUUUUAAUAUCUUUUGCCUUUUGGCUGUCAACAUCAUAACCAGCUUUUACAUCCAUUUUAGGGACCUGCACAAAUUAAGAGAGCUGAUUAGAUAUAGGCAAAUGCUGCCAACUUCCAAUAUGUUUGUGUCAUUUUUCUUGACAAGUGAAGGGUCUAUAUGACAGCAACCAUUGUGAGAAACUAGUUGGAAUGAGAAAUGCCUGAAUCUCCUAUUGCCUGCAGGGGAGCAGCUGGCAUAAGCAACAUUUAGAAGUUCCUUUGUGCUGACAAGGAUUCCACUGUCAGAGGCUUAUCGCUGCUUAUCCCAACCAAUGACUACAUUGGCUGUUGGUUGUUUACUUGAGUGAUCUCUUGAAAAGUGAACUGCCCUUCAGCAUCUAAUGGGAGUUCUGAAUGUAACUGGUUAAUGGUACAUAUUCCACCUUCAAGAGUACUUAUUUUAAUGGGAGGUUAUGCUUUGGCAAUCAGCAUCUCCCUGGGAAGGGAGUCAAGAUGUGGAUACAUGUGCUUUUCAUUAUGUGGUCAGAAAUUGUCUCAGCCAUAUCUAGAAUGAGGAAAAAUUGAGUUUCUACUUCCCCUGGGGCAACUAGAGAGAAAUAUGCAUGAGUUGCAUUUGUCCUAACUACCCUUUAAUUCAUUUACCAAACAUUACAGCAAACAAUUGUGCAUAUGUAACAAGCUUAAAUAUUUUUAUAGAAGGUGAACCAUUAGUAUAAAUUGUAAUAAGUUGUUUCCUAGCCCUACAUAUGCAUUUGCCUAUUACACAUAAAACUAAUAUUUGCGCUAGUGAAGUGAUUUGAACACUAAUCUUGUACAUGUUGUUAAGAGACUUAGACUGGUAUUCACACUUAUUUACCAUACAAAAGUACAUAUCCUUUAAAGCUUUGCUCUAUGUUUUCCACUGUUUAACUGGAAAGUUUUAAUAGAAUUGCAUAAGAAAAAAAAAAUGAAAUGGUGUUAAUCUGAAAAUUAAUGAUUCCUCUGUAAGCACUGUAGAUCAAAAGAGAGUAGCAAUUAGGGUGAUAAUUUUGUUUAAAAUUCAUUAAAUAGAAGGCUGCUUUUUUUCCCCAAGUAUUUUAAAUGUCUUCAUUAAAAAAUAAAGGAAUAUAGUGAUAGAUUUAUAUAAAUGUCUAAAUGUCUCAAUAGAGGAGUAGAAAUCAUCUGGUUAUCACCUGGUCCUCUGAAAUUAACUAAUGGGCUAACUAACAUGUACUCACAAUUAUGAUGGAUUUAUGAUAUGGGAAUUAUUUGUUGACUGUUCAAAUGGAAGGAAAUACCAGUAAUAGGGAGUAAGUUUGCAAUUAAUCUCACUGCAAACUUACGUUAAUCCUGUUUAAUAUACAAAUUUGGAUAGCUUAAUUUUAAACAUAUUUUUAUAUCAAAUAUACAGUUCUAAUAUAAAAGUUAUAAAUAGUUAUUUUUGUUAAUGAAGGCGUUAAAGCAGUUAUGUCCUGGUUUUGGCCCUCUUGCAGAAAGAAGCAUUGGAAAAAUCAUUUAAAGCGAGUAAACUGUAUUCCAUUGUAUUGCAGAAUCCAUUAAAAGAAGGACCACCUCAAUAGCAUUUAGUAAUUUGCUUUACUUUUCAAAGCAGAGUUCUAAUUCCAGCUUAUCUUAAGAACUGUUGCCAAAAACAACAGGGAAAAAAAAAACUAUUUUGUUAUUCAAAUGCUUUUUAAAAAAAGCUUGUGACUUUUCUAUAGAAUCACAAAGUAAAUUUGAAAAACCAGGCUUAUUUUUAUUUUAGCAAUGACAAAGGUGAUUUAAUGCAUCCUAGAGAGAAACCUUUAUGAAAGUAUGAUUCUACCUUGAAUCAUAAGAUACUUGAGUGGACAUUUUUCAGAAAGAUAUUAGUAUUAUAGACUUUUGAAGCAGUUUUCUUGAUAAAUAGUAAUAUCUGGGCCAGACUGUCUUGCAUUUAAUUUUGCAUAUUGUCAGAGGCAGCAUGAGAAACACGGUAUUGAACAAAUGCGGUAUUUGUUCAAUAGGGAUAUCGGCUACUAAACAUUCUCACUGUUGAGUGAGUCUCUUUAUUCCGGGUAAUGGAAGAACAGUACUUUGGUGCUGACAUCUCUGAGGCACUUUUCUUAGUUGUAAUGGAGGACGCAGUGUGCAGUUAACUGAUAUCACAUCUUGAGUCUUAGUAAGUGACAGACAGUGUUAUAGGCCAAGACCCAUAUUUGCAGUUUGCUCAAAAGUGGAUUUCUUAUGUAACUUUUUCUCCUUCUUAAUGAAGAGCCCUAUGCUAUAUUUCCACCGUCACUAAUAUUUGAAGGUGUUUCAUUGCUAAUAAGCUCAGUACAACUUGAAAGUUGUUGCUCAUCUGAAAUACUGUUUUGUCUGUCAAAAUAAAACACAAAUGAGUUUUUCACUUACAUUAACAUUAUGAAUUUGCAGCUUUAGGUUUAUUUGAAUCCAUCAUUUACCUUAGAAAGCUAUAUAUACACACACAUAAAUAGCAUAAAGUACUCAGCAGGGCUAGUUAUCGGGUUUCUUGCACAACUCUUUAGCUUUUUGUAAGUUUAACAUGUAAAUUUUAAAGACAUAAAUAUAGAGAGACCUAUGUGUUUGAAAUAUAAACGGUAUCUAUGGAUUAGCAUGUACCUGUACAUUAUUAAACAUGCAACGAACUGACUGGUGACGUCUAAUUGUAUGGCUAGCAAUGUAAUUUAUUCAGACUGUAUUUUUGUACAGAUCAGUGCACACUCACCUAUGCCUCUGUGUCCUCUUUAAUGCCUAAAACUGUGCCUAGAAAUUUCAUCUGUCUUAAAAAAAUAAAAUAUACUUCAUGCUGUUUAUGCUAUUUGUUUCUCUAUUGCUGUUCUAUAUUUAUUUUAAAAUAUAUGACAUGUUUACUACUUAAAUAUGAAUUCAUGGUAUUCUGAUUUUUUUAACAGUCUUCUGGGGAAAUCUGUUUAUCACUCCAGUGGUUUUGAGUUUGCAGGUUCACAAUCAGUUCUUCAUUUUAUGAUUUUUUGUAGUUGACAUGAAGUUAUCUAUGUGGAAAUAAUAAAAAUAAAAGUGGUUUCACUGA